AUGAAAGGAGUAUCAAUAAAACAACUUGAUGCAAUAAUAAUAUUAGAUGAAUAUGGGAACAGAAUUGCAGUAAAAUAUUAUACGAAUGUGUUAGAAAAUAAAGAUGAUAAAAAUAAAAAUAAAAAUCAAUGUGAACAUAAUUUUAUGAAUAGUAAUCAAUUGUAUAGUAAAGAACAUAUGAAUAAUUUUUAUGACGAAUCGUAUAACAAUUUAAAAACAGUAGAUGAACAAAAACAAUUUGAACAUGACAUAGUUGAUAAAAUUAAAAAAACAUCUUCCUUAUUAAAUGAAAUAGAAAUUUUAGUAUCAAAUCAAUACAUUAUAUUAUGUUUACCAAUAAACGAUAUAUAUAUAUAUGUUGUUGGCGAUGAAACUAGUAAUGAACUUGUUUUAUAUGAAGUUAUGAAAGCAAUUCAAGAUUCUUUAAAUAAUAUAACAAAUAAUAAUAUUGGAAAAAAACAAUUAAUAGAUAAAUUAGAUUCAAUUUAUCUGCUUUUAGAUGAAAUUAUUGAUAAUGGGGUUAUUAUGGAAACUAAUCCAAGUAUUAUAGUAAAUCGAUUAUAUAUGAAUGAAAAUGAUAUACAAGAUUUAACUUCAUUAAAUCAAGCAAUAUCUUCAGCAAAGGAUAAUAUAAUUAGAAGUUUGUUAAGUGGUACAUAA